AUACGUACACACCAACAGAUCCCCAGCUCCAUGCUCAUAGCUUAGCAAUGCACUGAGUGAGAGAGAGAGAGUGUUAAAUUGUGUUUCAACAGUGAGCUGCUCUCUUUUGACAAAAUGGAUCCAGAUGCCUUCUCAGCCAGCUUAUUCAAGUGGGACCCAAGAGCCGCCGUGCCACCACCGCCCACCCGCCUCCUCGACGCGGUUGCUCCGCCUCCUCCGCCGCCGCCAGUGGCGGCUUACGCCGUCCGGCCGAGGGAACUCGGAGGGCUGGAAGACUUGUUCCAAGCCUACGGCAUCAGAUACUACACGGCGGCGAAGAUAGCUGAGCUGGGAUUCACUGUGAACACCCUCAUGGACAUGAAAGAAGAAGAGCUCGAUGAUAUGAUGAAUAGUCUCUCUCAGAUUUUCCGGUGGGACUUACUUGUUGGAGAGAGGUAUGGUAUCAAAGCUGCCGUGAGAGCGGAGCGUCGCCGCCUCGACGAGGAAGACACGAGGCGGCGCCACUUCCUCUCCGCCGACACGACUAAUGCUCAUGAUGCACUCUCGCAGGAAGGGUUGUCGGAGGAGCCAGUGCAGCAAGAGAAGGAAGCAGUGGGAAGUGGCGGCGGCGGUGGUGGAGGUGGAGGAGGAAUGUGGGAGGUGGUGGCGGCGGCAUGUGGGAAGAAGAAGAAGCAGCAGCAGCAGCAGCGGCGGCGAAAGAAGGGGGAGGGGAGAAUGACAUCGUUGGAAGACGAUGAUGGAAGUGACGAUGGUGGUGGUGGUAGUGAUCAGAGGCAGAGAGAGCACCCGUUCAUCGUGACGGAGCCGGGGGAGGUGGCGCGUGGGAAAAAGAACGGCCUUGAUUACCUCUUCCAUCUCUACGAGCAGUGCCGUGAGUUCUUGAUUCAAGUCCAGAAUAUUGCCAAGGAGCGUGGUGAAAAAUGCCCUACCAAGGUAACAAACCAGGUUUUUAGGUACGCCAAGAAGGCCGGUGCGAGCUACAUAAACAAGCCCAAGAUGCGACACUACGUCCAUUGCUAUGCCCUGCACUGCCUCGAUGAAGAGGCAUCCAAUGCACUGAGAAGAGCUUUCAAGGAGAGAGGUGAAAAUGUUGGGGCAUGGAGGCAGGCUUGCUACAAGCCUCUCGUAGCCAUCGCAGCACAACAAGGUUGGGACAUUGAUGCCAUAUUCAAUGCCCAUCCACGUCUCGCCAUAUGGUAUGUUCCCACAAAGCUUCGUCAGCUCUGCCACGCUGAGCGCAGCAAUGUUGGUGGUGGCGGUGGUUCUAGCUCUGUAUCCGGUGGCAGGGCUGAGCACUUGCCUUUCUGAAGGUCUAGGGUUUUGGGGUAUUUGUUUCAAGUUCUCAAGGAUUUGCUAACUCUUUGGUGUAUGAUGAAAUGGACCAACUCUUUGGUGUGUGUGAUGAAAUGGAUGUGAUUCGGGUAAA